AAAGCAAAUCUCCAAUUUGACUGUGGGUGGAAUCAAGUAUAACCAUCCACCUAGCUAAUAUUAACUUUUGGUAGUAGUUUAUUAUCAUUAAUUAUAGUUUUAUCACGGUUAUAACAAGAUGAGGGAGAUUGUCCAUUUGCAAGCAGGUCAAUGUGGCAAUCAGAUAGGCGCCAAGUUCUGGGAGGUAAUCAGUGACGAACAUGGCAUUGACCCAACUGGAACUUACCAUGGUGACAGCGACCUUCAGCUAGAGAGAAUAAACGUCUAUUUCAACGAAGCCACAGGUGGAAAGUAUGUUCCCCGGGCAAUCCUGGUGGACCUUGAGCCAGGCACUAUGGACUCUGUGCGCUCUGGCCCAUUUGGACAGAUCUUUCGCCCGGACAACUUUGUCUUUGGACAGAGUGGUGCUGGUAACAACUGGGCAAAGGGCCACUACACGGAGGGCGCAGAGCUGGUGGACUCUGUGCUGGACGUGGUGAGGAAGGAGGCUGAGAGCUGUGACUGUCUCCAGGGCUUCCAGCUCACCCACUCGCUGGGCGGUGGCACCGGAUCAGGCAUGGGUACCCUGCUUAUCAGCAAGAUCCGUGAGGAGUACCCCGACCGCAUCAUGAACACUUUCAGCGUGGUGCCCUCGCCCAAGGUGUCCGACACGGUGGUGGAGCCCUACAACGCCACGCUGUCCGUUCACCAGCUGGUGGAGAACACGGACGAGACCUACUGCAUCGACAACGAGGCCCUCUACGACAUCUGCUUCCGCACCCUCAAGCUGACCACGCCCACAUACGGCGACCUCAACCAUCUGGUAUCCGCGACGAUGAGCGGCGUCACCACCUGCCUGCGCUUCCCCGGCCAGCUCAACGCCGAUCUCCGCAAACUCGCCGUCAACAUGGUGCCCUUCCCCCGUCUGCACUUCUUCAUGCCUGGCUUCGCCCCCCUCACCAGCAGAGGCAGCCAACAGUACAGGGCCCUCACCGUGCCCGAGCUCACCCAGCAGAUGUUUGAUGCCAAGAACAUGAUGGCCGCCUGCGACCCGCGCCACGGCCGCUACCUUACUGUGGCCGCCAUCUUCCGUGGACGCAUGUCCAUGAAAGAGGUGGACGAGCAGAUGCUCAAUGUCCAGAACAAGAACAGUAGCUACUUUGUGGAAUGGAUCCCGAACAACGUGAAGACCGCUGUCUGCGACAUCCCACCCAGGGGGCUCAAGAUGUCCGCCACCUUCAUUGGCAACAGCACCGCCAUCCAGGAACUGUUCAAGCGCAUCUCCGAGCAGUUCACCGCCAUGUUCAGGCGCAAGGCCUUCCUGCACUGGUACACGGGCGAGGGCAUGGACGAGAUGGAGUUCACAGAGGCCGAGAGCAACAUGAACGACCUCGUGUCCGAGUACCAGCAGUACCAGGACGCCACCGCAGAGGAGGAGGGCGAGUUCGAGGAGGAAGGCGAGGAGGACGCCUAAAAAUGUGUUCCCCACUUUCUUAUCACAGCCCUUUCAAGUUUCCUCUCCUCUCUAUCAAACAUCUUGAUCUGCUUUUAAGUGUUAAAGAAAUAAAUGCUACCAAUUUUUUUUUGAACAGUUAUCUUGUUGGUUCAUUACUCACUUAUUGUAAGUAGGCAGUAUUA